AUGAAGCCGACAGAAGAGAGGGCGACAAUAGCGGUUGAAGUCGCAGCCCUGUCCGCUGCUCGCCCACGCCAAACCAUGCCCUUCCCCAGCAGCCAACCAGUAGCCACUCAGCGCCCAGGCCCUCAAGCAGCCGAGCGGCACCCAUGCCCUGUCGACGCCCAAGCCAUCGCAGGCUAUCCCCAGUUGGACGCUCUCCGCCAGGCCCCGCCGUCUGCACUGGCCUGGGUCAAGAACCUGUUCGCAUGUCUACGCGGCCAAUCGUCACGGGACAAGCCAUCGCCGUCCGCUGGAUGCAUCUGCUCGUCAGGUGUGUACUGCACAUCAUCGCCCAUGAUCCUCCUCUCAGCGCCCAACGGCGAUGGCAGUCCCGCCCUCCGCCCGCGACAAACGCAUGGUUUGGCGGUAGCUGCAGCGAGGGUCGGCGAAGUGCUUGCAUGGGCGGCGCAUCGGGACGCGCUCUGGCUUCCGACAGGCAUGGCUUGUCCGACAGUCAAAGGCUGA